GCUGUGUUAGCUUGGCCAAGACAACAACUGCGGAAUCUGCCAAGCACAACAUCCCAAAUACUACUUUUUCCUAAUCCUCUUUUCUUCUAGUUGUAAUUCAUUUUCUUUUUUUUUUUAAAUUAUUAUUGUUUCUGCAGGACAGACGCUUUACAUUUAAGCAGAUAUCGGCAGAUUAAAAGGAACCCAUAAUGAGUGGCUUGAGUCCCUUCAGUUUGUUAAUUUUUAUUUUCAUCUACUGUCUCACGGUAUAUGCUGCAACAGCUAUGAGCCUGGCUCAGGCAUGUAUGGAAUCACCCAGUAUGUGCGAAAGUAUCUCGCUUUCUCAUUUAAGUUCUGAAGAAGGAUUAAAGAGCAAACGCUUUCUUCGUCCAGGAAGAGCUCUUUCUGGAGAUGCUUUCUUGAGAUUUGGUAAGAAUGGUCUAAAUUUACCAUUCGAAGAUAAACGAUUCCUUCGAUUUGGUAGAACUGAUCGUCAAUUUGAAGAUAUGCUAAAGGAAGUUUUACAGAGAGCUGAAAACGUUGACAAUAGACAAAAGAGAUCCACUGACAACAUUCCUCAAAGCUCAGUUCAAGAUGACAGUUCGAAAAUUACGAAGAGAAAUGCUGACGCCAGUGAUAACGGAAUGGACAAGAGGUUUAUGAAAUUUGGUAAAUCCGGUGAUCUUCCUUACGUCAAUGAGUGGAGUGACAAGCGUUUCAUGAGAUUCGGUCGGGAACCUGACAAGCGAUUCAUGCGAUUUGGAAAAUCUGAUGAUAAACGAUUCAUGCGCUUUGGUAGAAACCCAAAUGAACUUGAAGAUAGACUCGAAGAAGGAAAACGCUUUAUGAGAUUUGGACGGGGCAAUGAGGAAGAAGAAAAACGGUUUAUGAGGUUUGGACGAGAUCCUGACAGUAAGUUAAUGGGUUAUGGUAAUAGUGAGGAAGAAAAACGCUUUAUGCGCUUUGGUAGAAUGUCAGACGAAGCUGAUGCUCAAAAAAGGUUCAUGAGAUUUGGCCGAAGUGUUGAUGAUGACAAGGCGAACAGGUUGAAAAAAUCAAACGAUCAGCUUCGUACGAUAAGAAUGGGACGUAGCGUUGAUGAUAAAAAGGUGAACAGCGCUAAUGGGGAUGCGUACCUAAGAAUUGGACAAAGUGAUGAAUAAGAUGUUGGUACGUUGAGCAGGCUGACGGGAUCCGUCCCAUCUUUGGAAAUAAGAAAAUCAACUUUUUUCAAAACAAAUAACUGCAGUAACAACAACAAGGAGCAACAUCAGCAAGAAUAUGAGUAGGAACAAAUAGAAUAUCAAUACAACAACAACAAUACCAAUCAGAUUUUGUGAUCAUAUCUUGAACGUUGUGUUUACAUCUAUCAUAAAACAUCUGUUGGAGAGUAACGAACUGCUUGUUUAGGAGGAAACAUUUUGAUUUCUAUAUGACCAGUUCUAAUUGAAAAGAAAGAAAGAAGGACAUUAUAAAUUCAUCAACAACUCAACUCUCUUAUGGUGGUAGUUGGUAUAUUUCUCUAUAUUGUACAAUUUAUAUAAAACUGGAUCGAUAGAUCCUCGUCGUAUCCAGAAAUUCAGGACUUAUACCAGCCUUCAAUGUAGAGCUUUCUUCAGCAUGCUUCAUCACUAUGUGUAUAUAUGUAUAUGUGUAUAUGUGUUUAUGUAUACAUUUGUCGAAAACCCCACUCUAUAUAUAUACCACUGUAUAUUUAUGUUCGUGGUUAUGUAUGUGCAUGUAUGUUAUAUAUAUAUAUACAUAUUUAUAUAUGUACAUACUAUCAUAUAUGUGCACUAGUUUGCAUACAUAACCCUCUCACAUAUGCAUCAAUAUGCAUCACAGACAAACAUAUAAAUAUAUAUACAUAGAAAAGAACCACCAAAUAGAGUGAGUUUGAUGAAAUGGUUUUAUGAAAAUUAAAUGUAAAUUUUGUGGAGAAUUAAAAUUUUAUUAUAUAUCCUU